AUGCACUCUCCUUUGCCGAAUCGCAAGCGAGAUUUUAGAACAUUCGGGUCACCCAAAUCUUCCUCAUUACCUCCACGCAGAGAGGAUCUUGAAAUGACUUUCGUAGAGCAUUUCAGUUCACCAGUGAUCGAAGUCGUGAUCGGAAAGAAUAAAACAAAAUUCAACGUUCACAAAUCCCUUGCGAUGGAGAAAUCAGCUCUCUUUCGCGACUAUUUCCCGAAAAGAGCCAACGCCAAUUCACCCACCUUCCCUUUGGGCAUUGUCGAGGAUGGCCGGCACUUCGAACCCUUCAUCUUUUGGAUGUACAACGCGCAUGGCAAUGUCCUGGAUACAGGGGCCAAGCCUCCAUACCACUUUGGAGAACUCUGGACUCUCGCAGAGGAGAUCGAAUCAAACGAGUACCGCAAUUUCUUGGCCGAUACAAUUCAACGCCUUCCUGCAGACCCCGAAUGGUAUGUGAAGUCAUAUGACGAAUUAGUCAGUACCGGACGCGGCGGGUCUGUCAUGGGAAAAUUCCUCAUCGAGUGCUUGGCUUACAGCGCGGCAACUCAGGGCUGGGAGCACCUUAUCGGAAACGACGUCGCUUCAGCUGAGGCUGCGAAAUGGUUUGGCAGUCGCAAGCAGCUGUUGCACCACUUGCUCCUAUCAGUCAACGAGACCAAAAAUUCCGAGGACCCAAGACAACGAUACGAUUGCGCGUUACACCUCCAUGAUUCGGAAGCUGAGAGAGAAGAAUGCCUUCGAUAUGGGAAGGUAGAGUUGGAUGAUUCGACAAAGCCUGCAAAGUCUGAAGACCCCAAGAACGAGGAAGAUCGUGGAGAGAAGCGUGCACGGUUCGAUCCAGGUGACGGUACGCAUGCAAUUGCUUGA